AUGCUAAAGAAAUGUUUCAAGAUACACUUGGCUCAUGAUGAUGCUACAAACAAUGAUGGUAUUUGUAACAUGUGCGUGGCCAGACUUCGAGAUGCGGCUGACUUUAAAGAGCAAGUCCUUCGCUGCCAGAAAGAAUUUCAGCUCCGUUUAAUAUCAGGCUUGGAUGUUAAAGAUGAGAAAUCGCCAAAUGUGAAACUCGAAGUUUCCGACGCUGAUGAUGAGAGCGGUGUGUAUUUCCUUGUGUCAGAGUUAAAGGAGGAACAGUCCGAGGAUGAGAUGAAUGUGAAGGAUGAUCCAAACCUUGUCACCAUGUUGGGUCUCGAUGACACUGUGAAGAGGAAGACGAAUGGGAAGAAACUUCACCUUGAACCUAAUGAGCGUAAAGGGACGCGUAACAAGUCAAAGCUCACUUACGCGCUAUCGCAAGUGGAUAAGUUGAAGCGCUCCAAGCCAUCAAGCGCGCGUUACGUCAGCGAGCGAGCGAAGCACCGCGCCAACCUGGAGAGCAUCCUCAAACACUCCAACUGCACGCCCUUCGCCAACAUGACCCUGGCCGGGGUGGCAUGCGCGUACUGCAAACAGGUCUACCGCGACCCCCAACAGCUGAGGGUCCACUGCCGCACGGAGCACACGGGCCAAACGCUCGUAGAUAGCAAACGCGUGGACAGGAGCAACCUGUCCAUCAAGAUGGACAUAACCGACCUGAGGUGCACCGUCUGCGACGCCGCCGCGGACUCCAUUGCGGCCCUCAAACGCCACCUGUCGGCCGACCACCAGCUCAAGUUCCACCCGGACGUGAAGGACUACAUCCUCGAGUUCAAGCUGAGCGGCUCGCCGGUGCUCAGCUGCGCCCUGUGCAGCGCCACGUACGAGACCUUCAAGACGCUGCUGCAGCACAUGAACGGCCACUACCGCAACUUCGUGUGCGACGUGUGCGACAUGGGCUUCGUGAACCAGCACCGGCUGAGGAGCCACCAACGGACCCACGAGGUGGGCACGUUCCGCUGCCGCCGCUGCGACAAGGUGUUCGGCACGCGCGUGCGGCGCGCCUGCCACGAGAAGUACACGCACAACAGCGCCGCCCGCUACACCACCGGCUGCCCGCAGUGCGAGCAGUCCUUCACGAGCUACUACCGCCGCAACCGGCACAUGCGCGAGGCCCACAACGCGGCCGCCGCCUCCUACCGCUGCAACGUCUGCGACAAGACGUUCAUACUCAAAUCGAAGCUCACCUCGCACAUAAAGAAGGUGCACCUGAUGGAGAGGGACCACGAGUGCCCGGUGUGCGGCCGCGGCUUCUUCAUCAAGCAGAGCCUGGACGAGCACAUGGUGAAGCACGGCGGCGAGCGCGUGUUCGAGUGCACGGUCUGCCACAAGGCUUACGCCCGCAAGAAGACGCUGCGCGAGCACAUGCGGAUACACAACAACGACAGGCGGUUCAAGUGCGCGCUGUGCGGGCUGGCCUUCGUGCAGAAGUGCAGCCUGAAGAGCCACAUGCUGUCCAACCACGGCGUGACGCUGGGCCAGUACGAGGGCGCCGCCGAAGCGGCGUCAACG